GCCAGCAUAAGUAUUAUGAGUUAAUACCAUGUUUGGUCAAUCAGAACAUGCUUCUAGACUUUUAGCGGCGUAGCAACUCCUUGUCUCGUUCCCAAAAUCCGAACAAAAGCUCCACAGUUUGCGUUUUAUUCUCAUCUUCAGAUCAUGAGUAAUGUCAGCUCUCAAAAUGAGCCCCGUAUGUCUCAAAUACUUCCCACUGUCAAGUGCUCUGACUGUGGACGUCAAGUUGAAUUGAGAAAACUUGCCAUACACUUGUGUUCUAGUGUUCCUCCUGUCCCAUCCUUUCCUAAUACCAGAGGCGUGCCGGCUGCCAAUCCACCACCACCACUUGACAAUCGAGAUUACAAACCGAAGCCUGCACCUGUCGAUAGGUAUGCUCCGAAAAAUAACUAUGAAGGCUAUGGUUCUUACGACACACGACCGACCCCCGAUCGAAAACCUGAAGCGUACCUGGCUCCAGAUAGAGCGCGCCCACAUGACGUCCAGUCGGCCCCACGCUCACCACGAAAACCUGCCGCAAAUGAUUACUACUAUGGUCCAGAAAGCAACACGAAAAAUCCUCCAAGGGAAAGGGAGGAUCAGAGGGACUACUAUAACGGCGGUAUUCGUAAAAAUAGCACUUCUCCUUCCCCUGCUCAUCGCCAAGUGCCGGCAUACGACCCAGAACCCACUCGCUCACCUGAUAACUACGGAGCCUCACAUCAACAGAAGAGAAGCGAAGAUCCGUAUGGGAAAAAGGAUGAUUCCUCUUACACAGCUCAUGGCUGGUUCGAUGACGGUAAGUAAUAGUGGGUGGCAUGGCAUGGCAUAGGGAUCGUUGAUACAUAUAAGGCAAGUUCAUUAAAGUUUUUUGGCUUACCUUACGUACAACAGAGGAUUAUGAAGAUAUUUACAACCCCACUAGCGAUAGCGGUGGUGCGUUGGAUUCUUUGGUGAAUGACUUAAUGUCGAAAAUGUCGACAGAGGACCAAAAACCGGCGCCCAAGGCUGUUCAACCAAACACUCCACUACCUGUUGCAAAUAGUUGUUCGGCGUGCGGCAAGGGGAUUUCGCGUAGUGAACAAGUGGUGAACAUGGAAAGUC